UACCUGAAUACUCUGGACACACCCAGACAUGCCAUUUGAGUCAGAAAUUAAAAAGAGUUGGAAUGGCUGACAAGUCAGAGCCAUGAGUUCAAACAGCAAACAGAAAAGCUAGUCGAAGACCAAAAUCUUCCCCAACCAAGCAACUAAAACAAGAUUCCGUUACUAGGCCUGAAAAAGAAGAAUUAUGAAUUGGGGUGUGUAUGAAGCUUUGUUAACAGGUGUCAACAAGUUCUCAACUGAAUUUGGGCGUCUGUGGCUCUCCAUUGUGUUCAUCUUUAGGAUCCUUAUAUAUGCAGUCACCGCAACUCGAGUCUGGGGAGAUGAUCAGAAAGACUUUGAUUGUAACACUCGCCAGCCAGGAUGCGCUAAUGUCUGCUAUGACCAGUACUUUCCUAUCUCACAUAUCCGACUUUGGGCUCUCCAGCUUAUUAUGGUCACAUGCCCUUCUCUCCUGGUCGUUAUGCAUGUUGCAUAUAGAGAAAAUCGAGAGAGGAAGCGCAAGGAACAAUUAGGAGAGAAAUGUGAUAAACUUUACAAAGACAUUGGCAAGAAAAGAGGAGGGCUAUGGUGGACAUAUCUUGUCAGUCUUUUGGUUAAGGCUGUGAUAGACACUGCAUUUAUCUAUAUCUUUUCUCAACUAUAUGAAAAUAUUUUUCUACCUAGUGUAGUGAAAUGCUCUCUCUCCCCUUGCCCUAAUAUUGUGGACUGUUUCAUAUCAAGGCCAUCUGAAAAGAAUAUAUUUACUGUGUUUAUGAUCGCUGCUUCUGCAGUAUGUGUCCUUUUAAACAUCAUUGAGGUCUUCUACCUUGUUGGAAAAAAAUGCAAAGAAGCAAUACACGGCCCUAGGCAAAGGUAUUUGCAAGAGAAAACUGAAGCAAUUGAACUUACCAGCUGUUGCGUUGAAGAAAAGAAUAAAUUUACAACAUGCAGUGGAGAUAUUUGUCAUGUGACUAAUUGUAAGACUUUAAUUACUGAUGUUAAAACUACUAACAGCAACCAGAACAUUCAAAGUUCUGGAUGACACAUUAUCAGGGUUGUAUAGAACAGCAUUCCUGCUAAAGGUUCAGGAAAAUAAAUAGCAUGAAUAUUGUCAAAGUAGUUGAGCUAUGGACAAUGCUACUUUGAAGGAUAAGGAGGAACAACCUAUUUAAAUAUUCACUAGGGUUGUCUCUGCCACCACAAGGAAGUAGUAUACCAUCUGUGCAAUCCAGAAGUAGUGUAUAUAUUUAAAUAUGAUGGACAGUUUGUAAAAACUUUGCAAUGGUUUGUAAUGGACAAUUUGUAUCAUGUCUGUUUUUAAGACACCCUUAUUACCUUAACAAAUGCAUAUUUGCAGAUGGUCAAUACUUAUGGUCAAAUAUGAUUUAUGCUCAUAUCUUUAAGAAUACCUAAACAAUUAUCUUUUGAUACAGCUAUAAAAUACUUUUAAAACAAUUUUACAUAGCUAGCACACGACAUGAAGAAAAUGUUGUAGAUUAGAGAUGUUAUGCUUUAAAAGUUGAAUUGAAUUAGUUGAGUUUAAAAACAGGUCUCCAUUUUAGCUAUUUUUCCUGUUAACAAGAAGCUUCCGUUUACCAACUGUGAAAUUUCACUAAGCAACACAGAGUUACCUGCUGCUGUCAUUUAAAGGAACACUCCAAGCACCAUAAGUACAACAUGUCAUAGUGGAUAUGAUGUCCUGGA